AUGCCUGACAUUGCGCUGCCCGUCGUGCUGCCUCGCAAGAGAAUGCACAUCCAAGACGAGAUCCUGCAGCAGAGCCUGCGGAGCCCAGAGGCCUUCUGGGCCCGCCAGGCUGAGCAGCUGCACUGGCACCGGAAGCCCGACGCCACCCUGCGCACCUUUGACAAGACGCUCGCCGACGGCAGCACCGCCCACGCCUCCUGGGAGUGGUUCCCCGGCGGCGAGCUGUCCACCUGCUACAACUGCGUCGACCGGCACGUCCUCGCCGGCCGCGGCGACAACGUCGCCAUCUACUACGACAGCCCCGUCACCAAGACAAAGGCCCAGUACACCUACAGGCAGCUCCUCGAGGAGGUCGAGACGCUCGCUGGCGCGCUGCGCCAAGAAGGCGUCAAAAAGGGCGACGUCGUCAUGGUAUACAUGCCCAUGAUCCCCGCCGCCCUCAUCGGCAUCAUGGCCAUCAACCGCCUCGGCGCCGUCCACUCGGUCGUCUUUGGCGGCUUCGCCGGCAACGCCCUCGCCCAGCGCAUCGACGCCUGCGAGCCCGUGCUCAUCCUCACGGCCUCGUGCGGCAUCGACGGCGCCAAGCCGCCCAUCCCCUACCGGCCGCUCGUCGAGGAGGCCCUGCGCCUCGCCGCCCACAAGCCCCAGCGCACCAUCAUCUGGCAGCGCGAGGAGCUGCGCUGGGGCAAGACGAACCGCCUCAACCAGUCGUCGUGGCAGAAGUGGGUGCGCAGCGCCAGGGACCGUGGAAUCAAGGCCGACUGCGUGCCCGUUCGCAGCAGCGACCCCGUGUACAUUAUCCACACCUCGGGCACCACGGGCGUGCCCAAGGGCGUGUGCCGCGACUCGGCCGGCCACGCCGUCGGCCUGAACCUCUCCAUCAGCUACCUGUUCGACAUCCACGGUCCGGGCGACGUCAUCUGCACGGCGUCGGACGUUGGCUGGGUCGUGGGCCACUCGUACAUUGUCUACGCGCCGCUGCUGGCGGGCGCGGCCACGGUGCUCUACGAGGGAAAGCCCGUGGGGACGCCCGACGCCUCGUCCUUUUGGCGUCUGGUGGAGGAGUACAAGGUCAAUGCCUUUUUUACCGCGCCGACGGCGCUGCGCGCCAUCCGCCGCGACGACCCGGACAACAAGUUCUUUACGCAGGUGGGUGAGCGCGAUGGUCUGCGCUCCCUCCGGGCGCUCUUCCUCGCCGGCGAGCGCUCCGAGCCCAGCCUCAUCUCCAUGUACCAGGAUCUCUUUGACAAACACGCCGCGCCGUCGGCCCACGUCAUUGACAACUGGUGGUCGACCGAGGCCGGCUCGCCGAUGACGGGGCGCGCGCUGACGCCGCACGCCGCCCACGACCGCGGCACGCGCAUUCGCAAUCACAAAUUGCCCGUCCUUCGACCGGGCAGUGCCGGCAAGGCCAUGCCGGGGUUUGAUAUCCGCAUCGUAGACGAUGAGGGCCGCGAGGUGGCGCGCGGCAGCAUGGGCAACAUUGUGCUCGGCAUGCCGCUGGCGCCGACGGCGUUUCGCACGCUCUGGGGGGAUGAGGAGCGCUUCUACAAGAGCUACCUCAAGCGCUUCAACGGCAAGUGGAUGGACACGGGUGAUGCGGGUAUGAUUGACGAGGAGGGCUACGUGCACGUCAUGAGCCGCAACGACGACGUGCUCAAUGUCAGCGCGCACCGUCUAUCGAGUGGCGGCAUCGAACAAGCAGUGUCGUCGCACCCGCUCGUCGCCGAGUGCUGCGUCAUUGGCAUCCCCGACGCGCUCAAGGGCCAGCUGCCGUUUGCCUUCAUCACGCUGUCGACCAGCGACCACCCCCCGUCGGCGAUUCCCGACGAGGCCCUCGCCGGCGAGAUCCAGGCGCUGGUGCGCAAGCAGGUCGGCGCCAUCGCGACGCUCGGCGGCAUCAUCCAGGGCAAGGGCAUGAUCCCCAAGACGCGCUCGGGCAAGACGCUGCGGCGCGUGCUGCGCGAGCUCGCGGAGAAUGCGGUGCACGGGGAGUUUGCGAAGGAGGUGGCGGUGCCGAGCACGGUCGAGGACGCCGCGGCGGUGGACGUUGCGAGGGAAAAGGUGAGGGAGUACUUUGAGAGCAUGGGGCAUAAACACAAGGCGAUUGAGGCCAAGGCGAAGCUAUAA